ACCCACUUGGUUUUGGUUUAGGUUUGGGUGUCCAUACCAAACCCACCAAUUACACACCAUGCGACUACCAGCCUCGUCGUGAGCCCCCAAUUCCCCCAAACCUAAACCUAGCCGAUGGCCUCCGCCGACGACCCCGCCGCCCCCAUCGUCUUCCACGAGGACGAGGACCUCCUCGACGACGAUGAAGACGACGACGGCGAGAGCUUCGACCACUACGACGACGAUUCCGCCUCCUCAGCCCCCGUCGCUCCCGCCGCCCCCGAUCGUCCUCCCCCGCCCCUCUCCGCCGCUCAGGUAACCAUUGCUGUCCCCGGCCUCCCCGAUCCCCACCACCACCAGCCGGAGAUCUCUGUCCCUGCGAAGAAACCCCCUCCCCCACCGCCCGACGAAUCGCGGAAGCUCUUCCAGCGCCUCUGGACCGAUGAGGACGAAAUUGAGCUGCUCCAGGGCUUCCUCGAUUACACCACCCAGCACCGCGGCCCCCACACCUCCUCCCAGCACCACCACGACACCACCGCCUUCUACGAUCAGAUCAGGAACAAAUUCCAGCUCGAUUUCAAUAAGAACCAGCUUGUCGAGAAGCUGCGUCGCCUCAAAAAGAAGUACCGCAACGUCAUCGGUAAAUUCGGCACUGGCAAGGACCACGCCUUCAAGACCCCCCACGAGCAGGCCACCUUCGAAAUCUCCUCCAAAAUUUGGGGCAACACCGCCGUCAAUGGCGCUGCUGCCUACCGCGCCGCUCCUGUGCCGAUCGACGAGGACGACGACUCCCUCAACAACCCUAAUUUCAAUAAUUUUCUCGAUUGCCAGAGCCCCAACCUAAACGGCAUUGAUAUUAACGCCAAAACUCCGCGCUCCAGGAAGAGGAACCGUGUCGGAGCAGUGAAAUUGGAGGAGAAGCAACACAACGCCACCAACAUCAACAUCAGCAACGCUCAGCCUGUAUCGGCCGUGGCGCCUAUGGCUGCUCCGGUAAUUGGAUUGGGGAUAACAGGGUCGUUAUCCGGCGUGAUCGAAGAGACUGUGAAGAGUUGCCUAUCGCCAAUAUUCAAAGAGCUACUAAGCAAUUCGAUGAGCCCUAAUCUGAACAGCAACGGGUCGCCGUGCUGUGGAAAUGGGUUCGGAUUGGGACGAAGCCCGAUACCCUUGUGCUUCGGGACAAGCAUGGGGGGAGAUAAAGAGCGGUGGAGGAAGCAGCAAAUACUGGAGUUGGAGGUGUUCUCGAAGCGGCUGGAGCUGGUGCAGGAUGAGAUUAGGGACCAACUGCAGGAGCUUAGGUCCACGGGGAAUUGAUCGGUGCAAUUCUUCCUUGGGGCAGGCGUCGUGGAUGCUCGUUGUCCAGGAAAUGGAUACUUGGUUAGCAUAACAGUGUUGAUUGUGUAGCUAGAGUAAUAUAUGAGCAUAGUAAUGGAGCUCAACUUUGUGGAGGUAUCAGAUGUAAACAUUUUCUACUGUGAGUUUAUUUAUCUGAAACUUGAUGCAAAAAAGUAGUUGUAAAUUUUGAUAAAGCUUUGUUUGCAAAUAAGUUGAAUCUUUAAGGUGAAGUUUAUGAAUUUCACAUGCCUUGUUUUUUCAA